AGCGGUUGCCGUCUGAGCUUCAACAUGGCGGCCAAAGGUGCAGAUCUCUGUGAUCGUACAUUUGAGAGAGAAAUCGAGUGUAAAGAUGGAAUACUUAAGAUCAAGCAAGCUGAAGUAGGUGACGAAAGUUGUGUUGUAUGGGAUGCUGCCCUAGUUCUUGCGAAAUAUCUACAAACAGAGCACUUUUGCCCCACAAAACACCUCGUGAAUAAGCAAGUUGUGGAACUAGGUGCCGGUACUGGUGUGGUUGGACUAAUAGCUGCCUCGUGCGGUGCACAUGUGUGCUGUACAGACUUGCCCGAGGUUGUACCACUUAUUGAAUUGAACAAAACUAGCAAUCAGUAUAUGAUAACUGGAACAUUUGCAGCUGCCACCUUAAAAUGGGGUCAAGAUGUGUCAGCAUUUCAACCCUGCCCAGAUCUUGUUCUUGUUGCUGAUUGCAUUUACUAUGAAGAGUCUUUAGAACCUCUUGUGUCUACACUUUGUGAUCUGAGCAAUGAGAACACAACUAUUUUGAUGAGCUAUGAAGAGAGAACAACUGGUAAUAAACCUCAGCUGGAGAAAAAAUUCCAUCAGCUUAUUAAAGAACACUUCAUAGUGGAAGAAAUCCCAGAAGAACAACAAGACUCAGUUUACCACAGCCCUGAUAUUCACCUUUUAAAGCUUAAACGAAAACUUUAAAGGUAGUGGUAGGCGGAAAUCGAUGCUUGGCAAGAUCUCAAGUCGGUUAGCGAAGAACUGAAUCCCUAUACUGCUUCAUUAAGCCGAACAGAACGACAACGUUUAUAGAUACGCUCAAAAACCUUCCUGGCGCGGACACUAAGAGCAUCCUCGAUACUCCUUCGUUAUUUGAAAGAGUUAAGCCUGCCUUUUCAGGAUGCGACAGUGGAUUCGAAAUUGCAGCGCAAAAAAAACGUGUUCCCAGAAACUCGACCAUGAUGUAAGUACUUUAUAAAUCAGUAUCAACGCUACGCAACGGGAACGUCUGCAAGGAUUUGAAAAGGUGUGCACGAUUUAAGAGUUCACACCAGCUUGCAAAUGUACAUCCAGGCCUGAAAAAGUCGCACAAGUACAGAAGUGUUCGUUUGAGCUGCGUAGUGGUCGAAGAAUUGGAAAAAAGUUGGAAAUUUUGUGUCAAGAAUUGAAACACUGAGACAUUUGGUUACUUCUUAAAUGUCUCAACGUCUUAAAGAAGUGGAUGAGGAAAGUCUUGGAACUGUUUUUUACAAUUUCUGCAUGAACCACAAUUCAGUUCACAAAGUUCCAGAUCUGAGAGGAAUUUUUUCAGCGACAUGUAUGCUCCUUUUUCUACGUGAAAAUACGCUACAUCAAUCCACCUUUGCGUUACCCUACACGAAUUACUUAGGCUUCAUUUCACAGCAUAAAAUUUCUUGUAAAAUAUUGCAACACAAAUUGAAAACACUUACUUGGGUCGAAACUUGAAAUUUUUUCCUCUCAGAGAAGUAGCUAUAUAUUUUCAGUCGACCAAAAGCCAAUGUUUGGCUUUCCGUUCAAUGCAUUAUUAAAGUUACAAAGCGUAAUUGUCAUCAACUAGCUUGGUAACCUAAAGUUGUCAUUUUCUCAUCUUUACGGAAAUUA